CUAUGGGGUCUGAUAAACCAGGUUCCGGAUGCAGUAUGGAUAUUUUGAAGUCAAUCAAGUUACUUAUUGGCUCGAAUGCUUUUUGACACAAGUUGGAAGGUGGUUGGAUGCAAACAUGCAGUUCUAUCACGUCAUCACUUUGGUAUUAGCAACCACUACCCUUGCGACCAUUUUUCUUUGUUCAUGGAAAAUGAAUACGACGAGAACUCAACGGAACUUUAAAGAUAUCGCUCUGUCAAGAAAUCCUUGGGAUGGCGUCCCUGAGUUUGUGCUAUACUUGAGAUUAACCUCUAGUCCGCGUUGGGAGCAAGAAUAUAGAAAUAAUUUGGUUCCCUCUAUGAUGCUCUUCUUCCCGCACGAACGAGCGAAACUUCUAGUUGCAUUGGACAACGAGAAGAAAGAAGACCAUUUGUUUGGAGACAAGAUAAAAACGGAAUGGCCAUAUCCACAAAUAUGCUACAGAGAUUCAAGUUUCCUUGAUGCAUACCGCGGAUGGGGCAAGGCCAGAAUGUUUUGGGACAUGAUGUAUCUCGAUAAAUGUACCAAUGUAUCUUAUGUCGGGUAUGUCGAUACUGAUACAUUUUUUAGCACCUUAGUAACACCACAGUUGUUAUUUGACAAUGGAAAACCAAUUAUUAUUGCAAAAAUUGGCCACGUUGAACACAAAUGUUGGGCUAAAACAACAGAGUUGUUUUUCGGCAAAAAAGAAGUUAUGCAAUGCAUGUCAACUUUCCCUGUUAUGAUAAAAACGGAGCAUAUGAUAAAAAUGAGAGAGUUAAUUGCAAGAAAACAUAGUGCGGACUUUGAUUCAGUGUUUAAAAACCCUCCACCUAGCAAUCAAAUGGAUUGUCUUUGCCAGUUUAGUAUCAUGUGCAAUUAUCUUUGGUACUUUCACAGAAAUGACUACUCAUGGCGUUUGCAGAAUGUCUCAAAUUUUCUUUGUUCAAAGCAAAUAAAAAGGUCGAAAACUCAACCGAGCUUUAGAAGAAUCUUUCCAUUAAGAAACCCUUGGGAUGGCGUUCCUGAGUUUGUGCUAUACUUGAGAUUAACCUCUAGUCCGCGUUUUGAGCAAGAGUAUAAAAAUAAUUUGGUUCGCACUAUGAAGCUUUUCUUUCCACCCGAACGAGCAAAACUUUUAGUUGUAUUGGACAACGAGAAGAAAGAAGACCAGUUGUUUGGAGACAGAAUAAAAUCAGAAUGGCCAUAUCCACAAAUAUGUUACAGAGAUCCAAGUUCCAUCGAUGCAUACCGCGGAUGGGGCAAGGCCAGAAUGUUUUGGGACAUGAUGUAUCCCGAUAAAUGUACCAAUGUAUCUUAUGUGGGGUAUGUCGAUACUGAUGCAUUUUUUAGCACCUUAGUAACACCACAGUUGUUAUUUGACAAUGGAAAACCAAUUAUUAUUGCAAAAAUUGGCCAAGUUCUGUACGAAUGUUGGGCUGAAACAACUGAAUUGUUUCUCGGCAAAAAAGAAGUUAUGCAGUGCAUGUCAACUUUCCCUGUUAUGAUAAAAACGGAGCAUAUGUUGAAAAUGAGAGAGGUCAUUGCAAGAAAUCAUAGUAUGGAUUUUGAUUCAGUGUUUAAAAACACUCCAGGCAAAAUGGAAUGUCUUUGUCAGUUUAGUAUCAUGUGCAAUUAUGUUUGGUACUAUCACAGAAAUGAGUACUCAUGGCGCUUGCAGAUGGUCCCAAAUGGUGACUGGAGAGGAGAAAAUUUGUUUGCCAGUCAAGUGUCGCCAGAUUAUUAUCGGACUAACGUACCCCCAGAGAUGACGAUACCAAUGCCGCGCUCAUCAAUUCACCUGAGGUACACAAUAACAAAUGGUCAGUAUUACAAUUCAAAAACCCCUCCGAAGAAAAAUAUCGAAUAUUUUAUUAAGGUGGGACUCUGUUACUCUGCUGGCUUUGAUGUCUGUCCGGAAAAUUGUAAAAGAUUGAUCCAGGCAAAGAUACAUUUCAAUCUUUAUUCAUUUGAAUUCUAUCAAUGGUUUUGGGACAAAAGGUGCAAGAAAGAACAAGACAAGCAUUACAAAAACGUUAGAGAAUUAGUUCGCUACUAUGUGUUUUCAAAAAUGGAAGUUUUUGGACUUUCCUCUCUAGAUAAACUGUGUAGUUUAAUCUGAAAUAAUUUAGUCACGUUACCAUUUGACGGUGACAAGAUUUGUAUUUUUACCUCUAGUUCGUUGUUGAGAUCUCUUCAAUUGUCUAUAAAUUUGUCAUAGAUGAAAUGUGUUGUAGAGGUGUGUGCUGCAAUGAUGCAGCACAAUGACAUGAUCGAAACUGUAAGGGAUGUAAUAAUCAUGGAUAAAUGCAUGAUUUUGAAGGAGAAAUGAUAGAACUACAAAUCCAACAUUGCUUUGGGGGAAAGGGGGAUUUAAAAUAACAGAGACACAGUCAUGUAGAAAUUGCAAAAAUUGAAUUUUGUCUCAACAUUUUUGUCCGGAAUUUUAGAUACAUACCACCACUCAAAAGUUGUUUGAUGACCAAAAAAGGUUGUGAGCAUCACUUUGUAGCAAGAUUCUUUGUGCAGCUCUACACAAAAUUUACAGUGCUAAAAGUUUUUUGUGCCGUUCUAGAGAAAAAUUUGUGCAUUUUACUUUAAUGGGCAAAAUAUUCAGGAAAACUUUUGCAGAGAAAAGCAAAGAAAAGUUUAAAUGAUGAAACACGCACAAAAAAGAUGACGCUCAAAAUAAACAAACACCUAUUGGGAUAUAGAAAUUAUAGACAGAUAUAGAAAGACAUUCGAUGCUGAGGUGAUAUUAUUCUUACAAAACUUCAAUAUCGUUUUGACUCGCACAUAAACGAAGCACAAAAUUGAUAAUGUCAAAGCAGGAGCCUGUUUAAAAUCUUAAUCUCUUUUUUAUAUCAAUCAAAAGUUAUAUUGAUAUAAAGUUAUAUUUAUAUCAAUCAAAAAUGAUAAUAUUGAUCUUACCAACGUAAGUAGCAAGUGAUUGCUUUUGAAACAAGCCUUGAAAUAAUUUUUUGAUCCUACACGGGACGUCAUUAUAAUAUAGUUUCAAACUUUCACGAUCACAGUUCACAGGUAAAUUACUAUGGAGAGAAAUUUGAAUCCUUCAACAAGAAGUACGUUUGACAAAAAAGAACAUGCCAAAAAGCUAUAUUAUAUUACAUUACAUUAUAUUAUAUUACAUUAUAUUAUAUUAUAGUACAUUAUAUUAUAUUAUAAUAUAUCAUAUUAUAUUAUAUUGUAUUAUAUUAUAUCAUAUCAUAUUAUUUUAUAUUAUAUCCUAUUAUAUUUUAUUAUAUUAUAUUAUAUUAUUUUAUAUCAUAUUAUAUUAUAUUUCAUUAUACUUUAUUGAUAUACAAUAUGCAUAGGAAUUUCAAAAAAUCCCCUAGGAAUUUUUAUCGCUACACAGUUGGAUGUUGCCUUUGAAAGAUUUAUGACCACAACAAUCGAACUAACUGUAUGUAAAGUUUUUGAAUUACACUGUAUUUCACCCUAGCUUAACAAGAGAUUUCAACGAGGAAAAAUGGUCUAGAUUUAAAAGAAUUUUUAAGAACAAAGAUCACAAAGAAGAAGAUGAUAAACAGAACAAACUAGAUAGUGUCUAGAUACUGAAUUCGAUAAAAUUUUAAAGAGAUUUUAUAGAUUAUGAUCAUUACUACUGUUAUGUUCGUGUUUGUAUUAUUGUAAAGGUCUUUUUUAAGCUUUAUAUGUUGUCUACUGGUAGUUGCUGCAAUUCUACUUUUCCACUACUAAUUCUCUUUUGUUUCAGUUUUAUCACUGCAAAAAAAUUGACCAACGAGUGUAUCACCGUACAUUUAUGAUUUAUCAUUGCACAAAUUGGCUCCCACUGCACGUUAAAAUAAACCCUGCUACAGUUUCGACCAUUUCAUUGUGCUGAAUCAUUGCAAAAUAUACAUCUACUGUGUUGGAAAUAUACACUCUUACCAGACUGUCAAGAUACUGUAAAACAUUCUAGUUUAAUCUUUCACAUCAUUCUAGUAUAUUCGUAGUAUUAGUUAAUUCCAAUUUUCUGCAAUAAUAAUUACUUCCGCUUUCUCAAACAUUCUGGAACAAUACUUUUCUAGAAACUUCUAGAACAUUACAAUAAACAUAUAAAAAAGCAUUGCUGUAUUAGGUUAGUUAGUUGUUCAUAUUAUUACCUCUGUGUUAAUCAAACUGCGUUAGUCUGUGAAUACCUUCAACAGGUUUUGGGCCCAGAGCCAGUAACAGAAGCUUGACGAGACGUGUAGGCCUGUUUUGGUUAUCGUGAACAGUCUUGAAUUAGAAUUGGUUGUUGUGAUAUCGCAAGUGGCUGGAUACUUCAUUCUUCAGAAGGAUUGAAUAUGUGCAAUUCUUGCAAAGGCAACAAUGGCAUCAGAAGUAAAGACUGUAACAGUUAUUCCGUUGAACGGUAAAAAUUAUCACCGCGUACCAUUCAGCACCAGAUUCAUCCCCAGAUUCAUCCCCAGAUUCAUCCCCAGAUUCAUCCCCAGAUUCAUCCCCAGAUUCAUCCCCAGAUUCAUCCCCAGAUUCAUUCCCAGAUUCAUCCCCAGAUUCAUCCCCAGAUUCAUCCCCAGAUUCAUCCCCAGAUUCAUCCCCAGAUUCAUCCCCAGAUUCGAGAUUUAUCCCAUGUGUCGAGAUGACAAUGAUUAGUAUGAAAAUAUGUUAUUUCUAGCGUUUCCUUUCAAUUUCCACUCGAUAAAAUCUUUUCCUUGCCAAUUUAUUUUUUGAUGUUUUUAGCGGGCCUAGGCAUGCGUAUUUUCCAUCCCCAGAUUCAUCCCCAGAUUCGCGUUUUGUAUAAUAUGGGCCUAAAAACAGCUUGAAAUGUGUCAAAAUGACAAUAGCUCGAAAGAAUGUGUAGUAAUAUGCGGUUCUCCGUCAAUUUCUACUAGAUAAAUGUCACGUUUCUACCACUUUGUCUCCAAUGUUGCUAGUUGGCCUAGGCAGUACUUUUCAUCCCCAUAUUCGCGGCCAUAGAUAUAUGAACUUCAAAAGAAAACAGAAGAUACAGCUUACAAGGGAAGGCGUUCGAAACAGAAGGCAUAUAGCACAUUCGAGAGACAAAGACGUGAUUCGAGCAGCUCAGACAGCAAUACUGUUGGAUUGCUGGCAAAUCAGGAAUUUUCAGCAAGCACUACCGAAUAUCAGAGUGACUGGAUCAUAGAUUCUGGCGCAACAUGUCACAUGUGUAAUGAUUUAAAUCUGUGUGCGGAGUAUUCGGAAUUAGGUGAGCCUCAAGAGAUCACACUUGGAGAUGGACGUCCGGUUCAGGCUUCAGGUAAAGGCAUAAUACUGUUGGGUAUAAAACUAUCUGACAAGAAGGUACAAAGAUGCAAAUUGAAUGAUGUAUUAUAUGUUCCAGAACUCGCUUACAACCCACUGAGUGUCUCAAAAGUUACCAAUACUGGAAAAAUGCUAAAGUUUGUAUCAUCUGGUUGUGAAAUUUUGGAUGAAAAGCAAAACAUCGUUGCUACUGCUACAAAAAUUGGAAGCCUGUUUUACCUAAACUCUGUUGCUGCUAAUGUACAUGCUCGUGCAGUCAUGAAGCAUUCAAGCGGCGAAACAAAGGUAACAAUUUGGCAUCGAAGAUAUGAACACCUUGGUCUAAAGAACUUGGAAAAGCUUGCAUCUAGUCAUUUGGUGGAUGGAUUUGAUUACCAGAAAUCAAACGAGUCACAUUUCUGUGAGCCCUGCACGGAUGGGAAGCAUCAUCGAAGCAAGUUUCCAAUUGCUGGUGGAAAAAGAGCCAUAGAAGUACUAGGAAUAGUUCAUAGUGUUGUUUGUGGUAAGCUUGAAGCAAAGUCACUCAGUGGUGCUCAAUAUUUUCUUACGUUCAUUGAUGACAAGUCAAGAUAUCUUUGGGUCUAUAUGUUCAAGUACAAAAGUGAAGUCCUUGAAAAGUUCUUGCAAUGGAAAGCCAUGGUGGAGAAAUCAAGUGGAAAAAGAGUGAAAACUUUACGCUCAGACAAUGGUGGCGAAUACGUCUCAAAAGAGUUUAAAGAUUAUCUCAAAAAUGUAGGGAUUCGUCACAAAUGCCCCGUCCGGAAAACACCCGAUCAGAAUGGCGUCGCUGAAAGGAUGAACAGAACACUUGUUGAGAUUGUACGAUCCAUGUUGUCCGACUCUGGUCCGACUAAGACAUUUUGGGCAGAAGGAAUGUCAACUGCAGCAUAUCUACGAGACCGAAGUCCAGCGAAAGCUGUAGAGGGUAUGACACCAUAUGAAGCGUGGACUGGCGAGAAACCUAGUGUUCAGCAUCUCAAGGUUUUGGGGGUGAAGCAUAUGCCCACGUGCCAAAGGAUGAGAGGAGUAAGCUUGAUUCGAAAGCGAGAAAAUGUAUAUUCCUUGGAUAUGGCGCAGAAACAAAGGGAUAUGGCUUAUACAAUGAGAAGAACUCAAAAGUAUUUUAUAGCAGAGAUGUAUUAUUCAAAGAAUCAAAGUCAACAAAAGAGAAGGAGAGCAUUGAAACAACAGCAAGUAGAGAAGGUCAACCAACUGUUGAGUUAGAAUGCAUCAAAGAAGAAGACAGAAAUAUGGACGAGAAAACUGAAGUAGAAGUGCUAAAAUCAGCCAGAACAAGAAAACCACCGGAUUACCACGUGUAAGAGCCUACAUUGCUGAUAGCGAGUUGGGUGAGCCUAUGUCGGCAGCCGAAGCCCGGUCAAGUCCUUAGAAAAAGGCAUGAGAAAAGGCAAUGGAAAGUGAAAUGGAAUCAUUAAAACAAAACGAAGUCUGGGAUCUUGUUGAAUUACCUCAUGGAAAAAAUGCCAUUGGCAGUAAAUGGGUGUUUAAACGGAAAUUUGACGCUGAUGGAAGAAUCGAACGAUACAAAGCGCGACUCGUUGCACAAGGGUUUACUCAAAAGUAUGGAGUUGAUUAUGAUAUUCAGUCCAGUAGUAAGAUUCGAGUCAGUUCGCACUAUUAUUGCUUUAGCUGCAAAGCAUGGAUCAAAGCUCAAAGCUUACAAUGCCUGCUAAAAGUCUUGGAACACUGACAUCAAUUUCCAAGGUCAAAAUCAAUCAUCCUCCUCUCCCCUACAGAACAAUGUUGGUUUACUAUCAAACGGGUUAGGAUUUUAGGAAGCACUUUCUUUUGCGCUUCUUUUAUGAUAUUUCUCUAAAUCAUCAACAUUGUUUUAAAGGGAAGGGGGCGGAAGUAGCAAUUUUUUUCAUGAAAGGAAUGAAAGAUAUAAAAUGCAGUGUAAAUUGCUGGGUGUUCCAAGUACUUUUGGCAGGCAUUGUCUGAAUUUUAUUUUGAAGCUUAUUAGAUAUUCCACCAAAACCAAUAUCUACCUAUAGGUUUUCGAUGGUGCUGAUUCCAUUUCUGCCAUUUUCAACGUCGUACGUGUUAUCGAUAAGGAGAUAUGGGGGUAUUGUCUUUUUCGGGGGUGGGGGUAAGCUACCCCCAUGAAACUAAAUGCCAUAUUUCAACUAAGUAAAAAUUGCUAAAAUCAAAAUCGAUUUCCAAUAAAUAGGAUCAAGAUUGUAUUUUGAAUCUUUUCAAAAGCUCGUAGCUAGAUGGCUGUCUAAGAAAUAAUGGGAUAGAUGAAGGAGACAAAUAUGAUUGGCAGCUAGAAAAUAGUCUAAAAAUGGAAAUGGUGCAAUUUUAUAAAAGCGACAUCGAUUCCUCUGUUUCAUGUUUAUGAUUAUAAAUAAGGUCGUAUUUGAGAAUUAUGUCGGGUAGCUGCUCUCCUUUUAUCACGGAUUUACAAGUUGUCAUUCAUAUAGCCCCUUGUUGUGCAAUUCAGUGCUCAAAUGACAAAUUUCAGAGAGUAUACCUAACUUGUAGAAAGGAACUCCGUGUUUCCCACAUCAGUGCUCCCAACUGAUUGAUCUACUAUUCCAUGUUGGUUGAUAAGGGAACUAAAAUACAACUGACAUCCACUCGCCUUCCUGCGCUCCUAAAUGCUUGGUCCAGAAGCACUACAAAGAAAACCUUCUUCGCUACUGUUUCUGCUUUGUCAAAAUGGCCUUGUAAGUUAGACUCUACCUGCUACUUUUGUUUUCAUAAAGCGCAAGGCAGAUUAUUUCAUCGUUAAUUGAUUGCUGUAUUUGUUUGCGUGAUAUUUGCCACAACAAAAUAUCUUAUUUCAUCGAAUGUAGCGAGCGUCGAUGUGAAGGACAAGGCCGCGCAAGGCAACUCUCACCCUCGGAAAUGAACGCUUGUAGACCGUUGUGUAGACCGUGACUGUUUCUUCGCAAUUUUCUGACUUGUCAGGGGGAGGUUUGUCCCCAAAUUCACCCAAAAGGUGUAUAAUAAUACCCCUAAAAGACAAAAAUUAACCUUUGUAUGAAUUCCAUGAAGAAAACGGCGAAAAUCCCACGGUCUACACUCAAAAGGAGAGUAAGAUCUAGAGUACUUCAAAUUCAAUUCUCAGAAAGUGUAGACCGUUGACACGUUGACACUUUCCUGAAUUUCUUCAGUUUUACAAAUUGAAUCGAUCUGAAAACCUACAAUAUUUUUUAUACUCACCAUGCACACCUACUGACAAAGGUUUGUCUACUUUUUUAAAAAAAACGAUUUUUAUGAACAUUUAAAAUCUGUAGACCGUGGCUGUAGACCGUUGGUAACCAUUGGCAAUAGGCAUUUUCAUACUACGCCAUAUGCCCAUUAGGAAAGGAACGUUCUUUCAAUUCCUAGCUUACUUUAACAAUGGAAAACAAACAAUCAUAAUUGGCACAAACCAUUUUCCAAUUACUGGGACAAGGGAAGAUAGAAAAUAAUAGGGAAUGGGGUGUCUAUGAGCGCUACCAUAUUGCCACAUGUGAAUGCGAAGGAGCAUAGCCUAAGCAAAUCUAUUAAAUUCGUAGUUUUGGGAGGGUUGUGGUGGAUAAAAUUGAGCCAUUUGAACAGUUUCUCACCUGCAUGUUUUUCGCAAUUAUCUAUAUCAUGCAUGGUUUGUAGACAUUCACAUGAUUUUUUUUUGUUUUUUUCAUCAACAAUUAAACCAUAAAUAAGGGGACUUUUCAGCAAAAAAACACUUUUUCAAAAGCACUAAACUGUACUGUUUUUCCUUUGAAAAUUAUAGUUUUCUUAAACCGAUGAUCGACUUCUGCACAAAAUACUUGUAAAUGGUCAGCUGAAGGAAGAGAUCUACAUGAAGCAACCGGAAGGAUACGCUGUUAAAGGAAAAGAACAUCUUGUCUGCAAGCUGAAACGAAGUCUAUACGGACUGAAGCAGUCACCUAGAUGUUGGAAUGAAGAACUAGACAGGCACCUGAAGACAAUGGAAUUCAAGCAAGCUACAACUGAUCCGUGUAUCUAUACAGCUUCAGGAGAAGAAGUCUUCUUAGUAGCUGUUUACGUCGAUGACAUCAUUUUGGGUGGAAAGACUGACAAACGCAUAAAAGAAGUCAAAAAACUAAUUGCAGAGAAGUUUAAUGUUAAAGACAUGGGUGAGCUACAUCAUUUUCUUGGCGUAAAGAUUGCUCAGGAGAAAGAAACUGGUGAGAUAUCGAUUAGUCAAGAAUCGUACUCAAAGGAUCUACUGAAGAAUUUUCAGAUGAAAGAAUCGAAGCCUGUUGCUACACCAGUUGAAAUUGGGUUGAAGUUGGAAGUUGAAAUUGGGUAAAAGCUACUGAAGGAAGUGACCUAUUCAACCAAGAGAUGUAUCAAUCUGCAAUUGGAAGCUCAUUAUAUCUUUUAGCAAGAACAC